AUGGCUCUUCAAAGUCAGAUUUCUUUGCUUAGUGUCUUGGUUUAUGGUAUAGCAUUUGUCACUUGCGGAACAGAAGGACAGAAUGGUGCUGAGCCAGAAGUGACCAUCGCACUUGGGCGACUCAAAGGGAGACAAACAAAUGUGAAGGGGACAGACAGACUUGUGAAUGUUUUCCUUGGGAUUCCUUUUGCAAAACCUCCUGUUGGAUCCUUGAGGUUUUCUCCACCCGAACCACCUGAACCCUGGAAUUAUCUGAGAGAUGCAGUGUCUUACCCACCAGUGUGUCCUCAAGAUCUGUCCAUGCUUAAAAUAGCUGAAAAAAACUUUAAAGAAAAACACCUUCCAUUCCGAACUUCCGAGGACUGUUUGUAUCUAAGUGUUUACAGCCCUGCUGGUUCAAGCAAGAAGGACAAGUUGCCAGUAAUGGUGUGGAUCCAUGGAGGCAAUUUUAUAUUUGGUGGUGCUUCUAGAUAUGAUGGUUCUGCACUAUCAGCCUAUGAGAAUGUUGUGGUAGUCAUAAUUCAGUACAGACUUGGACUCCUUGGAUUUCUCAGUACUGGUGAUGAACACGCUCGUGGGAACUGGGCUUUUUUGGAUCAAGUAGCAGCUCUGCGGUGGAUUCAAGAAAAUAUUGAACACUUUGGUGGAGAUCCAGGAUCUGUCACACUCUUUGGUGUAUCUGCAGGAUCUUGCUCCGUUUUUGCACAUGUUUUAUCUCCUUUGUCUAAGGGUCUCUUUCAUAAAGCGGUAUCAGAGAGUGGAAUAUUAAUCCACUCUGAUAAAGAUUUACUUCCUUCAACAGAUCUUAAGAAAAUUGCAAGUAUAUUUAAGUGUGAGACGAGCAGUUCACUCUCACUAUUAAACUGCUUAAGGAACCAGGAAGCAGAUGAUAUAGUCUUUAAAAGUACGGACGUACCAUUUCUACCCUUAGUUGUGGAUGGAGUAUUUCUUCAUAAGUCACCCGAAGAGAUAUUGGCUGAAAAAGAAUUUAAUGCGGUCCCGCUUAUGCUAGGAGUCACGAACAAUGAAUUUGGCUGGAAUAUUAGAUCUACAUCAAAAAUACCUGGUUUGAAGGAAAUAGGAGAUAGAAAGUCAAUUACUUCAACUGUAGAGUUGUUUCUGCCAAUGAUAGAUAUACCAUCAGAAUUUCUGCCCAUGAUUGUGGAUGAAUAUCUUGGAAACACAGAUGAUCCUGCUGAGCUACGGGACCAAUUUCUGGACAUGUUAGGGGAUGUAGGAGUUGUCAUGCCAUCCAUUAAAGCAUUGAAUUAUCACAGGGAGUCUGGAGCUCCUGCCUACUUCUUUGAAUAUCAGCACCGCCCCACUGCAUACUGGGAUAGUAAACCAGAAUAUGUGAAAGCAGAUCAUGGAGAUGAAGUUGGCUUUGUCUUUGGAGGACCAUAUCUGGCUGGUGAUAUUCAGCUACGUAGUGAAGUUACAGAGGAAGAAAAGAACCUUAGUAGGACUCUAAUGAAGUACUGGGCUAACUUUGCUCGAAAUGGAAAUCCUAACGGAGAGGGUUUGGUUGAAUGGCCAUCUUACAACCUAAAUGAGGAGUACUUAGAGAUAAAUCUAAACCAAAAGAAAGCCAGAAAAUUGAAAGAGAAGAAGGUAGAGUUCUGGAAAAAGGUGAUGUUUGAAAAGACAAAAAGCAAAAAAAAGGAAAACAAGAAGGUUAAUACAGAGUUAUAA